UAGAUUUCCUCUUUCUGCAGACUGCUGCUAUAAUAUUCAAAUAUCAAAGCAUGAAAAGGACAACACUUCUUACUUGAGCACAGGGAACCAAGAUAGUUUUAGCAGAAUGUUUUUUGAGUCAUACCCAGACUGGAGUCACAUUCUGGAAGUAGCCAAGAGGGGUAACAAGGAAAGAAGAAGGAGAAUAUUGGAAAAUAUAAUUUAUACCAACCUGAACUUUCCUGCAGUAGCUGGGUUGCCUUCAAAGCUGGUGAUGGACAAUCAUACCCAGGCAGGUGAGAGGCGCUGCUCCAAGGUCCAUGCCCCUGCACUAGUGGCUGUGAUAAUCCUUCUCCUGGCCACAGGCGUGAUGCUGAGAGUUGUAUCCUGGAGUGGCAGUACUUACAAUGCAGGGAGUCCCUUCAAACUGAGUACAAACUCUGCGGGUAAUUCUACAUGUUCAAGGGAAGAUGGGACUGGCGAGAGGUAUUUGAGGACACUUCAGAUGCUCAUGGAAGAUCUCUGCAACAAUAAACAGAGUGAGAGUGUGAGCUCUGCCCCUCUGACUGGCAGCUGCACAGGGGCAGAUGUUACUACUUCUCAAAGGAGUCAGCUGAUUGGGAGGCCAGUUGGAUACACUGCUCCGCCAACAGGUCCCAGCUCCUCGUUGUGGAAGAUGAGACUGAGAUGGAAGGUGAAAGUAAAAAGAAGAGAACCUGGGAAAAACUGUGCUGUUUACAAGAAGGAAAUGAUUGAAUCUGAUGCCUGUGAAACAAUGCACAGAUGGAUCUGCAAGAGAAAUGCAGCCACAUUGGCCCUAUCAAAUACUGCGAGAUCAUAGGCCCGACCCUGUAUCAGAGAAACUGUGUGACAUUUAAUUGUAAAUAAUCACCAAGGCUUUCACUGCAACCCAAAUAUUCCUCAGUCCUGCUUGCAUUGAUCCCUGGACCACUACAGGCAGGCGGUAUCAUAUGCCUGAGCUCUGUUAUCCAGUGCUCCAGCCACAGCACAUUUGCUCCAAGGACUGUUCAUGUAAUAUAUAUUCAACAGCUCUGGAACAGAAAAUGCCCACAGUCCCUGGAGCAGGGACUGUAGUGAUAAAGGUUAGACUUGAACAUGAUCCUUGCAGAGUAAAGAGAAAUCAAGAUGGAGACAGCCACAUGGUCUGUGCUGGAGGAACCCUGUGCUGUGGAAUCAUUCAGUCUGUUCUCUUCCUCAUUCCUAGUCGUCGUUAUUCACUGUGGGACCUAAAUCAUUACAGGGACCAGGAACCAGGACUCCCCUCCUAGCUGAAUGUGCUCCCCACAAAGCUGGAGUCAUGCUUCUUUUUUGAGCAUACCCGCUCCUCCUCCUUCGCUUCCCAGUAAAUGUGAUUUUUUUCUGUACAGUGAUGCCAGCUUCAGCAGGGAGAGUGGAGGCGGUGGAGGACCUAUGGCCCAGUGGCUGGGUCACCUCUCCUAGGUGUCACUGUCUGGCUGAGGAGGGAAAUGAGCUUUGAUACUCCUCUUCCUGGGUGGCUUCUGUAAUCACCAGGGCAUAACCAUGGGAUGGGCAGCACUCCCAUCUCCAUCUCUGGUUGAAAAGGAAAGCAUUAGCCACACCUGGUCCUGUGACAGACUGGUCGUAUGUCCAUAGGGGAGAACUCCAGGAAUUGGGAUGAAGGAUCCUCUCUGAAGGCCUGUAGAGAGGGGCGGGGUUUCCGAGACGCUGUGUUCUGGGGCGCGUUGUAUUGAGGGUGCAAAGGGGCUUCAUGCUUCACAGCCCCAGGCUCUGGGCUGACUGCUCUGUGGAAGCACAUCGUUCUCCCCAGACAUUAUGCAGGGAGCCCAGGCACCAGCCCAGGGGUCAGGGGCUGCAGCCCCCCUCUGCAGGUGCCUCAGCUCUUGACAGGAUCCAGCCAGCAGUGACUCAGGAAAGAGGGAUGGUCUUUGAGGCAAACUCUGCACUGAGCUGGGAGGACCUGGGGCCAUUUCUUCCUCUUGGCAAAUGAGAAACGCAGAUACAGACACAGACACAAACCUGGAGCUCUGUCAGAAUUAAAAGUGCCACCAACCAGAUCAGGCAUCUUACAUCAUUGUGCUGUCAAAAAAUGCAAUGUUUUUUAAUAAAAAUAUAUUAAGCUUG